ACAACUCGUACCUGACUCAGUAAUUCUCUCUCUAUCACCCCCUCCCUCUCUCUCUAAACAUUUCUCCCAAUCGACCCAGACGUCGAAUCCCUAGAUCCCUCCUUGCCGAAAUUGACAACUUACGGGCGCAGAUCAAAAUCAAGAUCUUGAAUUACAUUAAUCGGCUGAGUCGUCAGAUCGACCUCAAUUUCGCAUGUGGAUCUGUUGAAUCGAUUAGACAAAUAUCAUAUUGGAAUGGCAGGGGGUCCUAAUAUGGAGCAAUUCGAAUUGUAUUUUAGGAGAGCGGAUAUGGAUCAGGACGGUCGGAUCACUGGACCCGAAGCUGUUGCUUUCUUUCAAGCCACUAAUCUUCCCAAACAAGUCCUUGCUCAGAUAUGGACACAUGCUGAUCAAAAUAAAACCGGUUUCCUUGGCCGAUCAGAGUUUUAUAAUGCUCUUAAACUUGUGACUGUGGCUCAAAGUAAGAGAGAUCUAACCCCGGACAUAGUGAAAGCAGCAUUAUAUGGGCCUGCUUCAGCUAAGAUUCCUGCACCGCAAAUAAAUCUUGCUGUUCUGCCGAUGCCUCACCCAAAUAUGAGGGCUGGCACCCCCUCCCAGCAGUUUGCUGGAACUGCCCCAGUGACGUAUCAAAAUACUGGCACUAGAGGUUCACAGGGUUUUCCACCUCAACAAAACCAGGGGUUUUUACCUCAGCAAAGCCAGGGUUUUCCGCCUCAGCAAAACCCUGGUUUUCCACCUCAGCAAAACCAGGGUAUGAGACCACCGCGUCCCCUGCCGCCUGACAAUGUACAAUCACAGCAGGGUGUUACAACUCAACAAUGGCCUGGUGGAGGUACUAUGGCAAUGUCAUCUAAUCUACAAAGUUCAAGUAUUUCCACUGACUGGCUGAGAGGAGGAACAGGUGGCCCACCUGCUGCAGUAACUUCUCAAGUUCCUUCAAGUGGAAGUAAUGCUUUCUCAAUGCAAGGGGGACUUGGACCGGCAACAUCAGGAUCAGUAGCAUCACCACUGCCUGGAGUGCAGGCAACUACUACUUCGUUGCCGCCUUCUUCCACUAAACUGAGUGAUUCAGCCCCAACUGCUAAUGAGGUGGGAGCUAAGGAUUUGAAGACAAUAACAAAUUUAGGAAACGGCUUUGCAUCAGACCCGGUGUUUGGAGAUGUGUUCUCUGCAGCCUCAGUUCAAGUAAGACCAAAUUCUCCAGUUCCUGCUUCUUCAGCAAACAGUUUACCAGUCUCAUCCGCCAUUGUUCCUGCCUCUACUGGACCCCAAACUACAGCCAGGCCAAGUCUAACCGGGCCUCUGCAAAGUGCACCUGCUCAGGUUCUGACCGGAAGUCAGAAUCAGCAUCUUCAGUCUUCUAUGAAAGUUAAUCAGCAAGUUUCUGUGCAAACAGCCAAUGCAUACACUGUGGGUGGUAGAAGUUCUGCUUCCGGCCAACCUAAUGUACAAUGGCCGAAAAUGACCCAGGCAGCUGUUCAGAAGUACAGCAAAGUGUUUGUGGAAGUAGACACUGAUAGAGAUGGAAAAAUCACCGGAGAACAGGCACGCAACCUGUUCUUAAGUUGGAGGUUGCCAAGAGAGAUCUUAAAGCAGGUCUGGGACUUGUCUGAUCAAGAUAAUGACAGUAUGCUUUCUUUGAGGGAAUUUUGUAUUGCCCUCUAUCUUAUGGAGCGGUAUAGGGAAGGCCGCCCUCUUCCACCAGUGCUCCCAAAUAACAUUAUUCUUGAAGAUACACAGUUUCCGGCUACAGGUCAAUCUGCUGCUGGAUAUGGAAAUGCAUCUUUGCGACAUAAUCCUGGUAUGCAACAAAUCCAAGAGAUGCCUGGUCCACGUCCAGUUGCCCCUGCAGUUGGAGGUAGGCCUCCUAGACCAGUUCCUGUUCCAGCCUUGCAGCCUGAUGAAGAGAAUGUGCAGCGCAUUCGGCAAAAGAAAAAACUUCCCGAACUUGAAAAGCAUCUAGUGGACCAACUUAGUACAGAAGAGCAAAAUUCGCUGAAUUCGAAAUUCAAAGAGUUAACUGAGGCAGAUACAAAGGUAACUGAGCUGGAAAAAGAAAUAAUGGAAUCAAGAGAGAAAAUUGAGUUUUAUCGUACCAAGAUGCAGGAACUGAUAUUAUACAAAAGUAGAUGUGACAGCCGACUUAAUGAGAUCACUGAAAGGGUCUCCGCUGACAGACGGGAGGUUGAGGUAUUAGCAAAGAAGUACGAGGAGAAGUACAAGCAAUCUGGAGAUGUAGCCUCUAAAUUGUCUAUUGAGGAGGCCACAUUUCGAGAUAUACAGGAGAAAAAAAUGGAGCUUUAUAGGGCAAUCGUUAAGAUGGAUCAGGAGGGUGGUGCUGAUAAGAUUCAGGUUCAUGCCGAUCGUAUUCAGUCGGAUCUUGAAGAGCAAGUGAAAACCUUGAAUGAGCGCUGCAAGACUUAUGGAUUGCGGGCCAAACCAACUUCUUUGGUUGAGCUUCCUUUUGGUUGGCAACCUGGUGUCCAAGAAGGAGCUGCUGACUGGAAUGAAGAGUGGGAUCAUUUUGAAGAUGAAGGUUUUGAGUUUGUCAAAGAGCUCACUCUCGAUGUGAAAAAUGUGAUAGCCCCUCCGAAAUCCAAAGCUCCAUUGGUUCGAAAAGAAACAUCUCAGGCAAAUGAGAGGAUACCCGAACCAUCCUCUAAUAUUAGUGAAAAAUCAGAAAAUCUACACGAUGGAGAAAUGAACCCCGACCAUGAAUCUGAACAUACCCACAAAGAAGAUAACUUAGCAAGAAGUCCACUUCAUAGCCCAUCUAACAAGAAUGCUGUCAAAAGCCCAUCUAAAGACUUUCAAGAUUCCCCAUCUAAGAAAGGUUUUAAUUCAGAUGGUUCACCUCACGCUACAGAUAUGCAGAGUGAACAAGGGGGUGCCGAACCUGUGCUGUCCGAGGAUAGAAGAUUUGAUGAACCAGCCUGGGGCUCAUUUGACACCCACUAUGAUACAGAUGCCGGGUGGGACUUUAAUAUUGACGCGGCCAAGGAUUCAGAUAUCGAGAGACACAGUGAAGCUUCAUUAUUCGGUCCUGAUAGCUGGGGUCUAAACCCUAUAAGAACAGAGUCCAACGAUGUAGAUAAUGUAUUCCAGCAGAAGAGUACAUAUGGCUUUGCAGAUUCUGUUCCAGGCACCCCUAUGUCCAUUUAUGGGGCCACACCCCACACAGAUAACUUGUUUGAGAAGAAGAGCCCAUUUGCCUUCACGGAUUCUGUUCCAAGUACCCCCAUGUCAAGUUAUGGUAACUCACUUUACUCAGAUAAUAUGUUCCAAAAGAACAGCACAUUUGGGUUUGCAGAUUCCGUUCCAAGCACUCCGAUGUAUAAUUCUGUGAACACCCCUAGAAGAUUCGACGAGGGUUCAGAAGAUCAUUCUUUUGACCUCUCAAGAUUUGAUUCCUUUAACGAAGGUGGUAUCUUUCCAUCACGGGAGUUUUCAAGGUUUGAUUCAAUGAGCAGCACUAGAGAUUCUGAUAAUGACCAUGGUUCAUAUGCACCACGCGAGUCCUUCGCAAGAUUCGACUCCUUCCGAAGUACUGCAGAUAGUGAGUACAAUCCUGUCUUUCCAGCUCAUGAUUCAUUUACGAGGUUUGAUUCCAUACGCAGUACUAGAGACAGUGAAUAUAAUCAGGGUUUCCCAUCAUUUGAUGACACAGAUCCAUUUGGAUCAAGCGACCCAUUUAAGAUAUCAGUUGGGAGUGAAACUCCAAGGAGAGAAACUGAUAGUUGGAAAGCUUUUUAGUGUGUUGAAUCAUUUUAUCACCUCGUGCUUAUGCAGUCUCUUGUUCCUGUGUGGUUUGGCAGUAUAGUGUGACGUUAGCUUUUAUUUGAUUGAAUUAUGCAACAAUGAGAUAAGGUCUAGUGGGAUUAUUCCCGUGUAUUUUAAAUUUUGUUUUGAAUAAUUAUGUUCUGUUAAUCAUUUGUUAAUUAUAUAGAGGUAUGAAUUUUUGUGUAAAA